AUGCCACUGCUGCCCCGGCAUGUUUGGCAGGCGGCGGGCUCCAAGGAGACAAGCAUCCCCGAGGCCCUGCCAUGGAUGAUGGAGGGUGGAGGCGGGGCCGGGGGCGCUAGCGCCAAAGCUUGCCGCAGCAGCGAGUACGGCGAUGGCGCCGGGGCCGGUGGCGGCGGCAUGGAAGGCAGCGGUCGCGACCACCGCGCCGCCGCCGCCGGGGAGACAGUCGCCAAUCACACAAUCUCAGGGCGGGUGCCGCGGCAGGUGUCGGCGCUGGAGGCGGCGCUGGAGCAGGCGCACGAGCGCGUGCACGCGCUGGAGGCGCAGCUGAGCGGCGCGCGCGCCGAGCUGCACGCGGCCGAGCGCCGCGCGUGCGCCGCCACCGACGAGGCCGUGGCCGAGCACGAGCGCUUCCGCAUCGUCACCGACCAGCUCGCCGUCAUGGACGGAUACCUCAAGGGUACAAGAUCUGGGAGCGCUAUUGGCGGGCAAAGACGGUGGCGACGCGAACGCGCUAAGUCAGAUGACCGAACUAAGAGAGGAAAUGGAAAGACAGCUAGAAAAAGAAAGAGACUUAAG